UCGUAGUCGCUCCUGAGGUCUGCCUGUGGGAGAAUGUCACAAGCAAAAGAGCCGAAUGUGGACCUGAGAUGAGCAGGAACGAAAGCUGGAGCCUGGGUGUGCAGCGGCCGUGCUCUGGGUGCUAAUGGGCACCCUGUUCUGGAAAGUCAGCAAGACAGAGCAGCUGAUCCCAGCACACUAGAAGGAGAGGAAUCUUUCUGAUGCUCAAGCUUGGAUGCAGGAAGAGAUCACGGGAGACUUUGACCGUGCACAUCCCAGGGACUGGAGCUUCGGUGUUGGGGGCAAGAUGGGUGACUUGCCCUUAGAUAUCAACAUCCAGGAACCUCGAUGGGACCAGAGCACAUUCCUAGGCAGAGCCAGGCACUUCUUCACCGUUACUGACCCUCGAAAUCUGCUGCUGUCCGGGGACCAGCUGGAAGCUUCCCGCAACAUUGUGCAGAAUUACAGGGCUGGUGUGGCAAUCCCGGGGCUCACUGAGGACCAGCUGUGGAGAGCCAAGUAUGUGUACGACUCUGCAUUCCAUCCAGACACAGGGGAGAAGGUGGUCUUGAUUGGCCGCAUGUCUGCCCAGGUGCCCAUGAACAUGACCAUUACUGGGUGCAUGCUCACCUUCUACAGGAAGACUCCGACUGUGGUGUUCUGGCAGUGGGUGAACCAGUCCUUCAACGCUAUUGUGAAUUAUUCCAAUCGCAGUGGGGACGCUCCUAUCACCGUGCGGCAGUUGGGAACAGCCUACGUGAGUGCCACCACUGGAGCUGUGGCCACCGCUCUGGGACUCAAAUCUCUCACCAAGCACCUGCCCCCACUGGUCGGCCGAUUUGUACCUUUUGCAGCUGUGGCCGCUGCCAACUGCAUCAACAUCCCCCUGAUGAGGCAGAGGGAGCUGCAGGUGGGCAUCCCGGUGACCGAUGAGGCGGGUCAGAGGCUUGGCCACUCCGUGACUGCUGCCAAACAGGGAAUCUUCCAGGUGGUGAUAUCAAGAAUCGGCAUGGCGAUUCCUGCCAUGGCCAUUCCCCCAGUGAUCAUGAACACCCUGGAGAAGAAAGCCUUCCUGAAGAGCCGGCCCUGGUUGGGGGCGCCCCUGCAGGUGGGGCUGGUAGGCUUCUGCCUGGUAUUUGCCACACCCCUGUGCUGUGCCCUGUUCCCCCAGAGAAGCUCCAUACAUGUGACCAGGCUGGAGCCGGAGCUGCGAGCUCAGAUCCAAGCACAGAACCCCAGCAUCGAUGUGGUUUACUACAACAAGGGACUUUGAGGGGAGUCAGCCUCCGCCCCUCUCCUUACCUCCUUAGGCUGCUUCCUGGGUGCCACCUUACAAUGCUAUCACUUGUUUAUCUUCCGGGUCAGGGGACUUGAGGUGGGGAGCAGCCACUGAGACCAGCAACCCCUCAGCCUGGGGGAGGCAGCCCUAUAAUAAGCCUCUUCUCUCCUCUCUGGUUUCAAAGAGUGAGUCACAAAACCCAUCCCUCCCGUGCUUAUGUGUGCAGACAUACAUGUGCAGCACAUGUAAGUGUUUGUACAUUUGGUCCUGGAAGCUAAGGGCAGAUAGCCUCUUCUAGGAUGUCUUAAUAUUUGGCUUCCCCCUUCGUCUCCUGCCCACCUAGCAGCAAGCCAGGUCAUAGGGGACACUUCCUUCCCUAAACUGUUCCUCUGCCCAAGACAUUUCAGAUAGCACCUUACCCUUCUGGAUACAGGAGAAGCCCCAGGAUCCCACAACACGGACUGAGGGCCACCAGCAAGCCAAUUAUAGCUUACUCCUUCAGGUUUCAAGCAGCUGGCUCCAAAACCUGGCUUAGGAUCUGGGCUGGCAGAGAAAGCGGUGUUGGGAUUAGGGAGUCGGGAGCUGUGCCUGCUGUGCCCGUGUCCUAGAAGGUUCCAUUCUUCUCUUCUCGUGGAACAAAGGGAUGUCAGUAGCCUGUAUUGCCCUCCACACUGCAACGUGAGUGCUUUUAGGGAUAGUUUUAGGCAUUCUUGGUCUAUUCUGAUGUCAUGACUCGGAUAGAAAUCCAGCAACUCCGAUUCUUUUCUGAUCAGAGAGCCACACAGGCAGAGCGGGUGUCCCCCUCCACACACGCCACCACCUGGGCCCACUUACAGGGGAACUGGUGUGGGAUGGUGCUUAACACAGGCCUCAAGCGUUCAAUCUCGAGACAGGUGAUUCUGUGUUUCAUUGACCCCUCUUACACAGUCACCACGCCCCACCUCAGCUCCUUCCUUUCCACAUAGCCCGUCUCUGGAAGAACAUAAUGCUACGCAAGUGCUCUACCACUGAGCUACAUCCCCGCCCCCUCUUUCUUUUCUUCCUUUUUUUGUUUUUUUUUGUUUUGUUUUGUUUUUCAAGACAGGGUUUCUCUGUGUAGCCCCGGCUGUCCUGGAACUCACUCUGUAGACCAGGCUGGCCUUGAACUCAGAGAUGCACCUGCCUCUGCCUCCCAAGUGCUGGGAUUCAGAGUGUGUGCCACCAUGGCCAGCAGCCCACCUUUCUUGACAAUGGCCCUGUCCUCCCUUUGCCCUUAAUUUGAAGAAGCGGAGGGACCCAGACCUCAAUAGACGGACCAAAUGGAAGAUGGGAUUAGGGAUGGCGUGGGUGGUGGUGACUUUAGGGUGUAGAAUUAGAUCGCCACUCUGAAUCCAUGACCUCUAGCUGAAAAGGUGAAUGGGGUGGGUCGAAAGGUCCCAGUGAGGUCCACUGAGACCAGUUCCUGCUUUUACUAACCACCGCCUCUGUGGUCCACUGAGACCACAGCUGUCAUGUCAUGGUGUCAAUAAACUGCAAUCCUGCCUA